AUGGAUGCUAGAAAUACGGACAUCGUCACCCAGCGACUCCAUCAUUUGCUUGCUCGACUAUUCGCCGAAAACUUCAACUCCAGUUCUCCACGAAAACAAAAUCCACCGACUAGUGCUUAUAACCGUCCAGCCUCAUAUCAUCAUCAUAUAGAUAUGGGCGUCCGAGGUAGCGAUGACUAUCUCACAGCACGCGCAGCCAACCCAAGGACCGGUCUAAUCAGCCCGAGUGUUGUGACAAACUUGACUCCCAGAACGCCCAUAUCGCCCGCCGAAGCACUUUCACUAUUCGGGAGCGAUCACAUACUACCGUCGGACUCAUCUCCAAGAGUCCGAGCAAUCGAAGAGCCGCGAUCAGCGUCGCCUCGACAGAGACCAGCAGGACCCAGGGGCCGGUGGCGUCAAGACUCGACAGGAUGGAACAUGGAACUAGACACGGAAGCCGGGUGUUCCAAGAUCACCACAGCCAACUCGUCAGCCACCAGAGCCGACUUCCACGCGAGCGAAGAUAGCUUUGUAAUUCCCAUGCCAACGGCCAAGGACCCACAGCCAUACCAACAAGCAGAUCAGGACAAGGCCGUGCAGUACUACAAAGACAAAGCACAACGUCUGUCACACAAAGAAGGAAUGAAUGGGAGGAUGCACAGUAUUGGCGCUGGACCUCGAAAGUUCGCCCAAGCCACGAAAGCACUACGAGACUUUAGCAACCCUCGCUCCUCAUCACCCAAGGCCGAGGACAGUGCAGCAGGUCAUGAUGCAUCUUCCCCACCGAUAUCUGCGUUCCCUGGUUUCGCUGCGUCAUGCGAAUCUCCAUGCGGAUCUCCACGCCCAACUCGCAAGUCAGUACACUCGCCAGCGCCUGAACUUGAGCGUAGAGAUUCCGGUGUGAGCGUAUCAACAUCGUCCACUGCGCGAGAAAAGACAGCCCUUGCAGACAACAAGAGUCCCACCAUAGGAGGAGCUGAACGUACACGAUCCAACUCCAACACUUCACGCUUCCAGGAUCUGCGACAGCUGCCUAGAGUCCGUGUUGUUCAUCCGGAUGGUCUAGCCGCGAAGGGCCAUCAUGAGAAGGCUGUGCCUCGAGAGUAUACCUCUACCCCGCCUCCGCCUUAUAUGAGUCAUUCGAACACACCUUCUAUCUCUGGUGCGUCGAUGGCCGAGUCACUGUCUCCUCUUGAAACCCAGGUGGUUGGGUUCUUGGCAUGGGCGAUCAAUCAAAUGUUCUGUAAACCAACACCAUCCAGGCGUGACGGAUCGCCGCAAGGGGCCAACAUCGGUCUCACUCAAGCUAUCCACAUACUAUCCGACUCGGCCACUAAACCUAUCGAACGCUGGCAGGCGAUCAAGUCUCUGGUACUCAUGGCUGUAAGGGCCAUCGCGAUACUCUGCUGUCUUGCGAUUGUCGUGCGUAUUGGAACGGCUGUCGGAAGAGUGUUGGCAAUCAUGCUGUGGCCUGUCAGUAUAGUCUGGGUGAUUGUGAAAUGGAUGGUAGGGCUAGGAUGA